AUGACGAAUACAACGUGGGAGCAAAAGGCCAAGAGCAAGCAAGCUCAGACUGCAGCAGCAAUUCCACCAGAGUGGACUUUGCCAGCCGCUGUGCUUCUCAACUCGGCGGCGAACGUCCUCGACGUCCCCAGAACCUGUGGGCUCCUGACCGAGAAAGAAAUCCACAUCACCGAGGACUACGAUGCCACAGGACUACUGGAAAAGUUGGCUACUGGAGAGUUCAGCUCCGUCGAGGUCACAACAGCAUUCUGCAAGCGGGCCGCCAUUGCGCAGCAGUUGACCUGCUGCUUGACGGAGAUGUUCUUCGACAAAGCUCUAGUCAGAGCAAAGCAGCUCGACGAAACCUUUGCGCGAACCGGGACAACAACAGGGCCACUGCAUGGACUACCCAUUAGCAUCAAGGAGUCAUUCAAUGUACCCGGCGUUCCGACUACGCUUGGGUUCAUCGGAUUCCUCGACCGGGCGGCAGCGUCCACGAGCUCUGCGUUGGUUGAAAUCCUGAAUAACUCCGGGGCUGUACUCUAUGUCAAGACCAAUAUCCCGCAGACAAUGAUGACUCCCGACUCCCAUAACAAUGUCUUCGGUCGUGUUCUCAACCCGCACGGCCGGAGCCUAACCGCUGGGGGCAGCAGCGGCGGAGAGGGAGCGUUGGUGGCGAUGAGAGGCUCCAUCCUCGGCGUUGGGACAGACAUCGCUGGCUCCAUCCGCAUCCCCGCCCUCUGUUGUGGCGUAUUUGGAUUCAAACCCACAGCUUGCCGUGUUCCAUAUGCAGGUCAAACAUCGGCCGGGCGGCCUGGGAUGACGGGCAUCUUCCCGUCCGCCGGGCCCUUGUGCCAUUCGAUCCGCGAUGCAGAACUGUUUCUCAGGGUCGUCCUCAACUCGAGGCCGGCCGAUCUGGACGACCUCGCACUCGACGUUCCAUGGUCUCCUGCUCCGCCAAAGGAAACGCUUACAAUUGGGCUCCUGCCCGAGGACCCGUCGCUCCCGCUCCAUCCACCGAUGCGACGGACCCUCGACGCCGCAGUGAAGGCGCUGACGGCAGCCGGCCACCGGGUCAUCGACCUCUCAGCACAGGCUCCGUCCUUGUCCAGUGCGUGUUCUCUGGCAUUGCGGUAUUUCGGCCUGGACCCGGACCGCACUGCCCUGCGCCACAUCACUCAGGCGGGGGAACCAUUCAUUCCCUCGCUCAAGUUCACGUAUGACCUCAAUGAGCCCACACAGGAGCCCACAUUGCGGGAUCUAUUUGAUUUGAAUGUCGCCCGUGGUCAGUUCGCAGCCCAGGCACGCAAGCUCUUUGUUGAAAAUCAACUCGAUCUGUUGCUGGGCACGGCAUAUCAAAGCACAUCGGUUCCCCACGAUACCUACGGUCUUCCGACCUAUACCGUGCUUUGGAACCUGGUUAACUAUCCGGCGUGCGUUCUUCCAUUUGGUCAGGCCGAUAAGGCAGCGGACGAAGCGUAUAGGCGCGAUGUCACUUAUGUGCCCGACUAUCGGCCAGAGGAAAUCGACGGCGCACCCUGUCACAUCCAUCUGAUAGGCAGGCCGAUGGCGGACGAAAGGUUGGUCCAGGAUGCGGCGACUGUAAGCACCGCCAUCAAAGCAGCGAUCAAUCUCUGA